GCUUGACCGGAGCAGCGCCUCCUGUGGGUGGAGUCUGUUACAAGGGGAGCAGCCGCCCAGGCCGCCACACAGCUCCCCGCAGAGGCCUCGGUGCCCCUUGCCAUUUUCCAGCCCUACUCUGACUAGAGUGGAGGCAGCGGGGAGAGGCGGAGCCGCGAGAGCGCCGCCGAGAGGUCCCGCGGGUGGUCGCGGCCAUGACAGCGGCUCCCGACCGGCUCACCUUCCGCGCCCCUCCCGCCAGAGGUGAGAGUAAAAUGUCCGUGUGAGAGUUCAAGGCCAAGCUGAAGUUGCUGGCCUCUAUGUUCCACAAGAACCAGGAGCCGCCGCCGCAGCUCAGGCUCCACUGCAACAUCACGUCAGGUUUUCCUUGUUCCCGCGUGUGCGCGUUCAGCCAAUCGUUUUUAAGGAGAAACUAACAAUGAAAACGGACUCGUGGAUGGAGGAAAAGUUGGAAUGCAGCCUCUGGUGCUGUUUGAGCGAUCCCUCUCCCCCGGGCCGCUGCUGUGUUCUGGAAAGGCGCAUUGUACUGUGGAUGCAGCAGGUUCAAGUGAUUCUUCUACCUCAGUCCCAUGAGCCACCAUGCCUGGCCUAUGUAAGCUGAUUCUUUAAGGGUGCUGAAAACCACACUCUUCUGGAGGAGCUCAUGAGGAAUCAAGGGAGACGGAUGGGUGAGCAGCUGAUUAUCAUGUGACAAGUGAGAGAAAUCAUUGUGCUUAUUUUGUCCUAUUGGGAUGUUGGAUACUAUAGUCGGCUUCAUUAAUCAUCAAGCAUGCUAUGGAUUUUCCAUUUAUAUAGGAUCUAUAUCUAAGUUAAGGUAAUACUGUAAUUCUUGUGCUCCAUUUGAAGAUGAAAAAUAUAGGCCAAAAUCACAGACUUUGCAUAGAAGCUGGAUAAUGAAGACAGCUCUGGAGGAACACAUAGAUACACACAUAGAUACACACACACGGACACACAUAUAUCUAAAGUAUACACACAUGUAUUUUUUAAAGUUUACUUUUUACAGUUUUAAAGCUUUUAAAGCAAAAGCCAGCCCCUCCCCUCUCCCAGAGUGGGUGGCCCCUCCCCUCUCUCUGAGUGGGCGGGGUCAGCGGUUGCAUGGGCUGCUUUCCUUAUGAUGCCACAGGUCCCUCUGGACAUGCUGCUGCCUGGCCACGCCUCCUUUCCCUUUCAUCUUUCUCACUGACCAAUGGGCUUGGAGCAUUAAGGCCACGCCCCUAUUCUGCAUUCUAGUGGGGCCCUGGUUACGCCUCUUGUGGCUCAGUCACACAGCUGCCUGGUAGGUGACUGGAGGCAUUCAGCAGUGCUCACUGGGAUUUCGCUGAGGUGGCCCCAACCCCGCCUCCCUCCACAUCCCGCGAUGUCAGAAAAAAUACAACAGGGGAAAUUGGCCGCAGCCAAGAAAAAGGUGGAGCAGCUACAAGAGGAGACCAACCACCUCAGGAAGGAGCUGGAGAACAUGGGAAGACAGCUGCAGGCCGAGGUGGAAAACAAUCAUUUGUUGAGUCUCCUCAACAUGAGACAGGAGGAGAGGAUACAUGAACAAGCUGAAAAGAUACGUGAACUGGAGACAAGGCUGUGCCAGCAGAAGCUGCCAGGGCAGGAGAGGCUGCCGGAAGUGGUGGAGAAGCUGUUAGAACAGGAGAGGCGGCUGGAGGAGCAGGAGAGGCGGCAGGAGGAGCAGGAGAGGCUGGUGGAUGAGGUGGAGGAGCUGCUGGAACAGCACAGACUUCGGGAGCAGGAUGAGAGGCGGUGGCAGCAGGAGACUUUGCGGGAGCUGGAGAGGCUACGCGAGCUGGAGAGGAUGCUGGAGAACAACGAGAACAAGAGCACAGUCCAGUUGGAGGAGCUGAAGAAGCUGGGUGGAGCUGAAGAGCCAAGAGGCUCAGAGUGUGCUGCAGCAGCCAGACCGGUACCUGUGUACCGCUCCAGGAGCCCCAAUCCCACAGGAGCUGGGGUGUUGCUGACAAGCAGCGUGAUCUUUAUGAGGUGAGCCUCACUGAUAGCGUGGAGCCUGCACCAGGAGAGGACAGGGAGGGUUCUCCCCAUGACAACCCCACUGCACAGCAGAUCCAGCAGCUGCUUUCUGUAACGCAGGACUCCCCAGGAGCACCCAGGCUUGGCUGGAGAAGCUGUUGGUACAGGAGAGGCGGCAGGAGGAGCAGGAGAGGCUGCAUGCCAUUCUUUUAGGGCUGCCGAGAACAGGGAGAUAAACAUCACCAUCAUCGAAGCGCUGGUCAAGAAAUUAAAAAAAAAAAAAAAGUUAAGGGGUUAAUCUCCUACACAACUCAUUUACUUCAUUUGAAAGUUAGAGCCACUUAUGUUUAUUUGUGUUUCCAAUGUAUAGUUUAAAUUUAUUUGUGUUUCUAAUUUACAGUUUAAAUUUAUUUGUGUUUCUAAUUUAUAGUUUAAAUUUAUUUGUGUUUCUAAUUUAUAGUUUAAAUUUAUUUGUGUUUCUAAUUUAUAGUUUAAAUUUAUUUGUAAAAAGUUAAAGGAGAGUGGGUCUUUCCCUCGUGUUCACUCUGGCAUCCUUUAGCAUUUUUUUAAAUUUGAUAAUUAUAGGACGUUAGCAUGCAUAUCGAGUUUGCCCUUAUGUGGUGGGAGUUCAAACACACAAAGACCCACUAUAUGCACUCAACUGUUCUUGCUGGUUUGGGAUAGGCUGCCAUGCUUUUUCAAUGUUAGUGCAGCAUGUAUAUUCAUUAGGGAAUUCAGAUAAAAUUUGCUUACGUUCUGCUGUUAUGUUUGAUCGAAUCCUAAUCACAGUGAGCUCUUCAUUAGCUCAAUAUGUGGUUUGCCCUCCAGUGCGCAGUUUAUUACUUUGUAAUAUGCCACUGUGAGUACUGACAUUUACAGCUGUUUAAAGGCGGAGCACUGGAAACAGCCCUUCCCCCUUUUUCUGUGUAUUGGGGAUGAGAGUAAUAACAUUUUGGGGAACUUUUUAAAUCUCCCAGAAGAGGAGAGUGGCCUGCUCUGGCAGGUGUGUGCAGGAUAGAAGAUGUUUCAUUUGUUCCGGUGCCAAGAAUGAGCACUGUACUAUGGUAGUUCCCUUAGGAUUUGUAUGUGCUCUGGGCUCAUGAAGAUACUGCAUCAUGAGCUGUGGCAGUUGCACUCUUUUUUGACGACCUGAAAAGGGAUUAUUUCUGAGGAAUGAAAGGCUCCCAUCAUGACUCUGGAUGUGGAAAACCUUUUGUAGCUUAGAGCGUUUGUAUCUACAAUACAUUUUAAAGUCAGAGUUCACGUUCCCUGUUUUAAUCACAUGACUACAUGUCCCAGUACACAAAAAGGCACUGGUUGGCAUUCUUCUUAAUGUAUUUAGUAAAGAUCAGAAGAAAUCCUUGAAGAGUUUAAAUGUCCCUGGAACAGGCAUACAGGCUCUAGUCAAGAAUGAAUUCGAGUGAAGGAAAGCUGUGUGACACCUGGCAUUCCUCUAUGUUCAUGGAGCUUAUUUGAGGCUAGAAGAUGGAUUUUACCAUCUAGACCUCUCUGGCUAAUGCCUAGUCUUCAACCAUCUGACAUGGGAAUUUACUUCUUUUCUUUGAAUGGAAAACACUUUAAAAAUAAUAAGAAACGUUACUAUAAACUAACACAUGUGAGAGUACUUAGUUGAAACAAAAAGGAGUUUUAGUAGACAGUAUUAUACUACAUUUGAAAAUCAAGGAGAAGUUUAUGCAACUUAAAAUGUUUACAAACUGCAGCGCAAUCUACUGUUUGUGAAUGUCAAAGUGUUAUGAGGAAAAGUGUCUAUACAAUUACAGAGUUAUAUUUCCUCACAAAGUUCUUUACGAAGAGUGAAAUAUGUUUUUACACCUGUCGGUUUCAGUUAGAGGCAUAUUUUUUGUAAUAUUUAUGUUAAUGUGCAUAAUCAAUGAAUUAUUUCAGUCAUGUGUUGCCUAAAUCAUAACUGGAGGAUGCCUGGGAAAGAAUCAACAGCUAAAACUUCAUGAAGUUCUAAUGUCUGUGUUCCAAAAUACAUCAUAUCAUUAGGAUGCAGGGAGAGUUGUAUCUGCGCUCCCUGGGGUGGGCAUUUCUAGUUACUAGACCAUCUCCAUUUUUAGCAUUUGGCAUCCUCAUGAUACUUUUAUAAAUAUGACAUUAAUAAAUCAAUAAUAGGAUUUUACAGAUUGAAUAAGAGAAUUGCCUGCAUUCACUGAAAGAGCGCAAAUAUCGAGCCCUUGUGACUUCAAUUGACUCUUCCAAAUCGUAUGAAUUUAUCAAUGUAUUAGAUAAACUCAGUUUCAGAAUGAUAAAGGAAAACUGUUAGACCAAAUAAUGUGGCUACUUAACAGUGGCAGGAUUUCCAGCCCAAGGGUUUAAAAUGGACUUAAGGUCCUGUUCUUGCCUUUUAUUUUCUGAACUUGCCGCUUUUGCAUUCUUUGAGUUCAGUUUAAAGACAGUUACUUUAAGUCCAUUUUAAACCCUCGGGCUGGAAAUCCUGCCACUGUUAAUUAGCCACAUUAUUUGGUCUCACAGUUUUUCUUUAUCAUUCUGAAACUGGGUUUACCUAAUUCAUUGAUAAAUUAUUUCAAAGGUAUUUUUAUAGUUCAAAUCACUUCACUUUUACCCUGACACAUAUAAAUGACUAGGAAUGACCUUCAGAUAGCGUUUAGCAUCUGCAACCAAUCUGACAAUAAUGUGUUCAUCAGGUACCUAUGGAUUAAAUCACAUACGGGCAUAUUUAAGCUGAAUGUCAGUCGGAAAAAUAAAUGUACUGUAUUAACUGAAAUACCACUCUUUGUGUAGGUAUUUUGUCAUAUGUUUAACAAAAAGCUAAAAAGAACGGAAAUCGUGUGACAAUGACUUAAGUCUUUCUUCAAAGUGCACGCAGUCUUUUGCAAUACCUCAUUCAGCCAAGUAUUUGCGCUCUUCCUCAUUCAGUAAAAGGCAGCUUUCAAUUUGCUUAGAAGGCAACAUUAGAAGGUUAGAGAUCAUCAGAAACAGAAUUUUAAAAUGUGAGUUUAACUGAAUAAAUGUGAAUUUCUGUAGGAAGAAUCAAAAUACCUAUCUAAAGACUGCAGUAUAUGAUAAUUAUUUUUAAGUAUUUCAUUAAACCUGAUAGGUUUUCUCAAAAUGAAAAAAAUCAGUUCUAAAACCAAAGCUAAUUUUUUGAAAAUGUGAAAAUGUAAAUAAAUCAGCCCUAUCCAUAAUAUAAUUUCUCUAAAACUUUGUUAGUCAUUUUAAAAUAAUAUAACCAUUCAAAAAAUGUAACUGCUAUUUUAAUGUUUUGAAAUCAGUUAAAACAUUUUAAAUAUGAAUACUGUAGUUUAAAAGAAAGAAACCAGGGGAAGGAAAAGUAGAGAAAGAAAUGCCAAUUCCAGUCCAAAGCUUUAUUUGCCAAGUUUUCUUAGAAUGACUUUUACCUAUUUAUGAAUUCUUACAAACAGAAUGUAUAAUGGAAAUACUGACUUUUGCCUAAAGUGGCAUUGUUGACUGCUGUGAUGUUACUGUAAUGUAAUAAAUUAUGAAAUUGUUGCAAA